CUGCUGAUCAAAGAGCAGAUGAGCAGUGUGUGUAGCACAGACACAGAGGGUAGUGGUUUGGCUGCCGCUAAUAUUCUCAAUAUGCAGAACUGUGACUUAAUUACAUCUCAUCCAGUGCCUCGCAUCAUCCAGAUUUCACGCGGUUUGUCUUUCAGUGCAAGUCAUCGUCUUCACAGCAACUCGCUGAGUGAAGAAGAAAACAAAAGAAUAUUUGGAAAGUGUAACAACCCUAAUGGCCAUGGUCACAACUACAAAGUGAUCGUCACAGUCCGUGGAAAGAUUGACCCGACAACUGGUAUGGUUAUUAACCUUACUGAUUUGAAAAAGUACAUGGAGGAAUGCAUCACAGUUCCCCUGGACCAUAAAAAUGUUGAUAAAGAUGUGCCUUACUUCCGAAACGUUGUUAGUACGGUGGAAAACAUAACCGUGUUUAUUUGGGAGGAGCUGCAGAAGAGGCUACCGGCAGGGCUUCUGUAUGAGGUCUGUGUGCACGAGACAGACUCCAACAGUGCCGUGUACCGAGGGGAAUAAACGACAAAGCAGCAAGUCGCAACUAAUGGUAGACGAUGCAAGUAUCCAGCGGAGACAUCAGGUUUAGGCUAAUGCUAGAUGUGUCUGUUUCCCAGUUUGUGGAUAAAUUCAGGAUGAGAAACAGCCUAUCUGUUUACCUCCACUUCGUAAUGUUAUUGCAUCUAUAGGCACGGCGUCGGCCUGUGUACAGACAUGGAGUGGAUUUCGGUUUGAAAACACCAGAGAAUGUGUUUUCACACCCAAAUCCGCUGUGCGUGUGUACACAGACCAAUGCUGUGCCUGUAGGUGCAGUGAUGACACAGAGCAAGCAGAUAAGCAACAUCUGGUAUUAGCAGAUUGUGACAAUCACAUAUUAUAUAGACUGCCUUUAUCCAUUCCAUAUAAAGAACAAGUGACUUCCCCCCCAACCAACAUGUCUUUUUCAGGCCCCAGAACCCCUGACCUCCCUACCCAGUCACUGGACACUGCCAUCUUGUAACUGAAAUGCUCAAUGCCACAUCUCUUUCUGACUCUUGAUGUUGCCCACCCCUAACACCAUAAGGCCCAUAUAUAAGUGCAGUAACAAAGUGAAUUACCCCAACGUAAGGCUUUCUGUGUCGAAAUAUUGGGGUAAUUCUCAUCUUUGGCAAGUGUAUCUGCUUACCUUUUGCUUUCCUUUUUUUUACCUGUGCACAUUUUUGUGGUAUGUAUUAUCUUAUAGAAUCAUGUGUAAUUGACUGUGUUGUAUGGAUUAAAAUUGACCUUUGUAAAAUUUUCUGUAUACUAUAUAAAAGAUAAUUACUUUUUAAUACUA